UCUGAUAUCAAGUACUUAUCUCCCUCAUGCUGUCAAGUCAAACAAAAGACCAAGUUACUUUUGCUGCAAUGGAAAAGUAAAAGGCUUAUGGAUUAACAAUAGAGAACAUUCUUACAACAUUAACAAGCAAAAUUGGUGAACUUAUCUACCCUGUUGGCUUCUGGAAGGUGAGUAAAUUUUUAUGUUAGUUAGUUUGAUUUUGACAGAAUUUACUCACUAGAAAAGUAACUUGCAGAAUAGUCUGAAGGCCUUCUCUCCCCUUAUUAACUAAAAGUUUUGAAUAUUUUUUAAAAACUUACUAGUAGGGGCGCAUUUUAGAAUAGCUACUGAUAAUAAUUUUUUCAUCAUCAGGUAUGUUAAACAGGGUUCAGUGGGGUCUUAUAUUAGCAUGUUACUGAAUCAAGGGGGCUAUUCCAAGUUGAUUUAUUAUUUUCACUUGUCACUUUUUCGCCUACAAAAGGGGGUAGAUUGGUUGAUAUCCUCCAUACAACCCUCUGAGUUCCCCCCCCCCCUUUAUUAUAAAAACCAUUAGCAGAAGUCUAGAAGUAGAAAAAGAAACAACAAAAAUGGUUCAAAAUCUGACACUGAACUCCCUUUUUAACUUGUAACACUUUAACUCGCAGAGGUGAUCAAUAUGAAACUUUUCCUAAUAAUAGGUAAUUUAGUGUUAACAACUGAGUUGAAAACAUCAAUUGGCCGGCGUAAAGAGUAAAAAAGCUGACGUUUUGAGCGUUAGCCAUUCAUCAGAGCAAUUGGAGGAAUUGUGGGUUGUGUGUGGGUUGUGUGUGGGUUUAUAUGCAGAAAGUGGAACUACACUAUUGUUCUGUCACCAUAUUCUGACCACUUUCUGCAAACUUCCAGGUGUGGGCCCAAAAAUGGUGCAUAUUACCAUGAACAUGGCUUCAGGGCACAAGUGACUGGAAUUAGAGUUGAUACUCAUGUUCAUAGAAUUUCUAACAGACCGGGAUGGGUCAAAAAACGUACUAAACUGCCAGAGAAAACUAGAAUUGCUGUAGAAAGCUGGUGAAAAGUUAUUUUGAAUGAUACCAAGUUACAAAAAUUCUCUUCACCAGGUGUUUUGCUUCUUCCUUGCCAAAGCCUUUUCACUCACUGCCACAUUUUAGAGACCCAGCUAUUGUGCAAGUUCCAAACAACUUUUACAAAUAUUCUGAAAUGAACAGGCUCUUGUUCCCUCCUGACUUUCAAGUAGCAGAAUGCAAAAAGGAAAACUUUAAGGAUUUUCAGACCUAGGUUCAAGAUUCUCUAGAUGCAUAGCAAACCUUGACUAUCAUAUUCUGUUUACGCAUAACCCACAGUUAAAUAAUUAGAGUGUAUGGCUUCAGAGACUAAAUUAGUGAAUUCGUUUUCUGUUUUGCAGAGAGGAGUGGGAUGAACUGAAUGUAUUGUUGUUUGGAUUUGGUCAACAGAAAUGCGUUCCUGUAAGUCCAAUGUGCAAGUUCUGUCCUAACUCCAAGAUCUGUCCUGAAGGUCGAAGAAGGAGCAGAGGAAAAGCUGAGGAGGAAACUAACAAGAAACUUUCACCCAGAAAGGAUGGAAAGGACACUAAUACUUAA